AUGUCGAGUGCAAACGAUGGCUGGGAAGAGAUUGAGGGAGGCACGAUGAGGAUGCCUGAAGGCUACGUCGGUAACCUGACGGCGGACCAUCAGGAUAAGCUUCGCCUGCUCUGGGAUAGUUUCUUCAAGGUCUGUGACAAGGCCACUGGAACCAAAAUGGAAAAUACGGGUGAGGUCGAGGAUUGGGGCCAGGACGACGGCGCCGUCAAGAAGCGAUUGAACGCCAAGUCGGCCGUCAAGAACAGCGGCAUCGAGCAAGACGACAGCGCUAAGGACGUUGCUCAGAAGCGUGCUGAAGAGGCCAACAUGGACAAGCUUCUUAAAACCUAUGGUCCGGAAGCGCUCCGCAACACUUUCUGGAGCCUUUGCAAGCAGGAUCACCCAGAUACCACGAUGCUUCGCUUCCUUCGCGCACGCAAGUGGGACGUGGACCGUGCCACGGCCAUGAUGGCAUCAACUCUUCGUUGGCGUCUGGACACGGGCGUCGACAAGAUGAGUGAGAACGGUGACCUGGUCAACGGGAAAGAAAUUCCCAAGUACAUCGAUCAACAAGCGACUGGUAAGGUCUAUGCCAAGGGCUGCAACGUCUAUGACCAGCCAGUGUGCUAUGUGCACUUCAAGAAGCAUCUCAUCUGGGGACAGCCGUCUCCGUCGAUGAAGAAAUUCAUCAUCACCCAGAUGGAGAGCUGGCGUCUCCUAUUUGUCCCACCCAACGACAAGAUGGUCAUUCUCUUUGACUGCACUGGUUUUGGACCUUCAAAUCUUGACAUGCCGAACUUCCUCUACGUGCUGCAAUGCCUGCAGUCCUACUUCCCCGAGUGUCUCGCAGUCCUCUACCUUCACAACGCCCCCUGGAUUCUCAAGCAAGCCUGGGGACUGGUCAAGGGCUUGCUCGAUCCCGUCGUUCGCUCCAAGGUCGUCUUUACAAACACGACCGAGGACCUCAAAGAAAAUAUUCCUGAGGACCGCCUCUUGGAAUUUGUCGGUGGAGAUGUCGACAUGAAGUUCACGUGGGUUGGACCUGAAGAGGGCGAAAAUGAUUUGCAGAAGAACAAGGCGGAACGUGACGCACGUUGGGCGCACCACCGGAAGCUGUCCGAUGAAUUCGAGAAAGUGACCCGCCGCUGGGUUGACUCGAAAGGCAAGGAGGGUGAUGAGCAACGCAAGAUUCUCGCAAAGCGCCUCCGCCUCUCGCAGUUCGACUUCGAGCCCUACUGGAGGGGUAAGACAGUACACCACCGCAACGGUGAUCUGCCACCUGGCAACCCUGGCAUUGUCAGGUGGGAGUACAUUCUCAAAGACGGUGACAAGGUCCGUCAGAUUGUCGGCCAGCGCCAAUGCAAGAAGACGCUCGUGCGUGAGCUCCAAGAGAUUGAGGCUGGCGCGUCCGUCGAGUGGGCCGAGAAGCACACCGUCGAGAUGAUCAAAGGCGGAUCGUGGGGACGGUGGGACACCUGCGACGAUUUGCCGCCCCGGCCUACUGGUUUCAAGGAUGGACAGCUGGUCUUUGAUGGUGCUGCCCCUGCUGCUGCCGCUACUGAGACCGCCAAUGUUGCCGCACCCGCUGCAAGUGAGAAUCAGGCGACAAGCGACAAGACGAGUGGUACAACUUUGGUGCCUUCUGACAACAGAACGUCCGUGAAUGCCAACGACGAGACCAGCACGCAGCCUCUGCCUUCCAAGCAGAGCCGCGACACUGGCACCAAGAAGAGCACAACUGAUUACCGAAAAACGACAAAGGAUCCAGCUACGCCCCCGAAGAAGCGAUCGUUGUUUGGCACCAUCAAGAGCAAGAUUGCAGUCUAAAUUUCCUGUCCUCUCCCUCCUUUCCCUCCUUUCAUCCCAGUCUCUGCCCACCUGUGUCUUUAUUGAAGCGAUUCGCUGGCUCGUUUUGAUCUCUUAUCCUAUGUGCCUUUAUACCUCUCGAAUCUACCUAUGUUCCGAAGAAGACGUGCCGGAGAACUGAAUGUGUAUACAUCGCUUACUUGAAUGAACUUGUCCGAUCAGCAACAUCACUUUGGACGGCAGCCGUGGCUUGUCCCUAGUGAGCACGUGCAAUAUCUUCUUGUCCCUUGCUCUGCGUGUGCGUAGUCGAAUGAAGGUGAAGGAGGACAAUCUCA